UACGCUUUUUUCUAUUUUUUCUCCUUUCGUCUUCUCUUCUUCUUUCAACAACCAAAAAUCACCAUUCUUAUUAUCUCUACAAGAUACACAUCAAGAUUUAUAGAUUUCUUUCUUGAAAACACCAUUUCCACGGCUUCAAAUCUUCAUAUUCUCCAGGGUAAAAAAUAGAAGAAAAUGGAGGAGAAAACAAACUAUGUUGGGAUACAAGUAGAAGAAGAGCUUCCAAGUCUACUAAGAAAAGCCACAACAGAAGAAAUGGUUGGCUUUGACAAUUACAGUGAUCAGAGUGGUCAUCCUAGUCCUCACAUUAUCAGUCGUUUUCAUCCUUCUCAUGCCUCCACGACUACUUUGAAUGGUCAAGAAGCACCAACAAGAUCAAUAGAGGCAAUGGAAGGUCAUCAUAACUACAAUGAGACUUCUUUGUGGACUCAUCAAAGAAAACCAUCAAUCUCAAUGCCAACUUCACCAAAUAUUCUCAUAACCUCCGAUCCUACAACAUCUUUGUCUUCUGAGAGCAACAACAACGUUGGAUCAACUGGCAAAUCUGUCAAGUUUCUGUCUCAGCCUAUGACCAAAGUCUCAUCUCUCUACAUAGAGACCGGUAAUAAUGAUGGUGAUCGUCGUCGUAGCCAUGAUAACCAUCAGCAUCAUCAUCAACAGCAACAGAGUGGUCGUCAUCAUCAAGAUCAUAACCCGGCGACGCACAAGCUUAAAGACAACAGGUACAACUCGUUCAAGACUUGGUCGGGGAAACUCGAGAGACAAUUCACAAGAAAACCAGCUGCUAUUGAACCGGAAACACCAAACCGGAAUAACCAGAGUUUGAAUACCAAUGAAGCCAUGCCUGUGGACCGUUACUAUGAUGCCUUAGAAGGUCCUGAAUUGGAGACUCUCCGGCCACAAGAAGAGAUCGUUCUACCAAAUGAUAAGAAGUGGCCAUUUCUUCUCCGUUACCCGAUCUCCACCUUUGGUAUGUGCCUAGGAGUGAGCAGCCAAGCCAUAAUGUGGAAAACCCUAGCGACCGCAGCGCCAACCAAGUUCCUCCACGUACCUCUUUGGAUUAACCAAGGUCUUUGGUUCAUCUCAGUGGCUUUGAUCCUCACCAUCGCCACUAUCUACCUCCUCAAGAUCAUCCUCUACUUCGAAGCUGUACGCCGAGAAUACUACCAUCCAAUCAGAAUCAACUUCUUCUUUGCUCCUUUCAUUUCUUUACUCUUCUUGGCCCUUGGUGUCCCACCUUCCAUAAUCACAGAUUUGCCGCAUUAUCUUUGGUACAUCCUUAUGUUUCCUUUCAUCUGUCUUGAGCUCAAAAUCUAUGGUCAAUGGAUGUCCGGUGGUCAACGACGGCUCUCCCGAGUUGCCAACCCGACGAACCAUCUCUCGGUUGUCGGGAACUUUGUCGGGGCCUUGCUUGGUGCGUCCAUGGGACUUAGAGAAGGCCCUAUAUUCUUCUACGCCGUUGGGAUGGCUCAUUACUUGGUACUGUUCGUGACUCUAUACCAAAGGCUACCGACCAACGAGACUUUGCCUAAAGAUCUUCACCCUGUCUUCUUCCUAUUCGUUGCGGCUCCAAGUGUUGCCUCCAUGGCUUGGGCUAAGAUCACUGGCUCCUUCGAUUAUGGCUCCAAAGUUUGUUACUUUAUAGCCAUUUUCCUCUAUUUCUCAUUGGCUGUUCGGAUUAAUUUCUUCCGUGGAAUCAAAUUUUCGUUGUCAUGGUGGGCGUACACAUUUCCGAUGACCGGUGCUGCAAUUGCAACCAUCAGGUACGCAACAAUGGUUAGGAGCACCAUGACUCAAAUCAUGUGUGUAGUCCUCUGUGCCAUUGCAACGUUAGUCGUGUUUGCACUGCUCGUGACCACCAUCAUCCACGCCUUUGUUCUUCAAGAACUUUUUCCCAACGACCUUGCCAUAGCCAUCAGCAACCGCCCAAGACCCAAACAGAAUAGCCAUCACCGCUGGCUCGACCAACUGAGAAAUGUAAGCUCAGAGAACAUCGAGAAUUACUUGAAAUUCACAGACUCGGACAGCAGUCAGAGUAAUGAUCUAGAAGCUUGCAAUGUCAAAAUCCCAGAGAGUGAUUCAGCCUAAAUCGGAAGAUCAUAAACAGUUUUCAACCCCUGGUAUAGUCAUAUCCCAAGUUUUGGUUUUGAUUUGUUGUCAGUGUCUCUGACACAAGUGAGGAACCUAGUAGCGUAUAUGUUGCUGUGGUUCUAAUGAGCAUGUGUGUAAAGUAGUAGUAAACAAACGGUAGGGGUUGUCUACAAUGCUGAACCGAUCCAAACAAACCAGCAUCUCUUAAAGCGGAACUAUUAGCAGUUAUCAGUUUACAAUGUGCUGCCCACUAGAAUCUUUAACGACCAUGUAAACUUGUUUUGUUCCAAUAAAUAAAAAGUUUUGAGGGGUUAUCAUUGUAUCAA